CCUCUACUUACACCGACUCCAACCUUCGACUCUAUCUCUUUCUUUGGGUUAUAAGCAAAACAGAUGAUCUCUAAUGUUCGGGAAGCCUCCAUUACCAUCAAGAAUCACUGUUAUCUAACCCGAAAUCUCUAUAAAACGUCGAGCGUUGAGAUACAAAAGAGAAGACGGCAAAUCAGUUUGCCUUCCUUUCGGAAAAGAAAACUAUCUCACAAGAUCUGGAGUUGGAAUCACUUUUUCCAGGCAUGUCUCCAUGAUCUGGAGUUGGAGAAUGGUAUUGGUGUUCUGAACAAAGCAACUAGAAUAAGGGGAUUGAGUUUAUGCUUUCGACCAGCGGAGGCAGCAUUCUAUCAUGGAUUGGACAUGAUUAUUUUGUUGUGGAUGAUAAGACUGUUGCACAUCAUGAGGUUUAACAUUGCACCAGACUUGAUGAAUCAAGCAAAAGAUUAUUUGAACAUAACUAUGUUUGUUAUAUUGUUGGCUAGAUACAUUUUGAAUGAGAACCUCUCCUAUCUGCCACAAAGAAGGUAG